AAUUAAUUGAUAUUUUCAUCAAGUUUCCUAACUCAUGUUGUACUGUUUUAAAUCUAUAAUCGACCUCUAAUUAUCAGUUUGUAAGACUAAUCAAACUCUCAAUUACCAUAAAAAGUUUGAGUCUUUGCUGAAUCUUAUAUCUAAGAAACUACUGAAAGAAAUUUGUAAGGAUUCAAAAUAAACACCAAACACACGAGUCGUUGUUUUUAUGUUAUAUUUAUGUAUAUACUUAAGUUAAAUUAAUAGUCUUAUUUGUACCUAAAAGAUACCUUUGUUCAAGAGUAUGAGGUUAAAUUGACUCAUUUACUUUGCAUGACUUAAUAUGGAUCCAGUUGUCAAUAGCUUGUUAUGGUUAUUGCUUCAUACUUGAACAUUCUUUACUUGUUGUUACUAUAAGGAAAUAUGCACCAUUAUUGUCUAGUCUAGUGCAGUAGGGAAAGUCUUGGGCAUGCAACCUCUUCUUGGUAGCAAGUUCAAGACUGCACAACAGCAACCACCAUGUCCUGAAUUCUCUUCGUACAAUCCUGUUUUUGAUGCAGCAUAACUAGGUGAAGGUAAAUUUUAUUCCAAACUUGAAGUAGCUCGCUUUCUUAAAAGAAACAAUCCUAAGUCUGACGAGAAGGAAAACUGCAUUGAGCAACACUCUCUGGAUAAGUUGAGAAGUCUGAACCAGAAGGGUUACCUCUAGGAUGGACCAAAGAAAUCAAGGUGACAAAGAGAGGUCAUAAAAUCAGAAGAGACCCGUAUUACACUGAUCCUGUAAGUGGAUAUGUAUUCCGCUCUAUGAAGGAUGCACUUCGCUAUCUUGAAACUGGGGAGGUAGGAAGACUAGCAUUCAAGCCAAAAGACACAGGCAAUGACAAUGUGGAGUUGGAAGAUGAUAAAACCUGUACAUCAGCAACUGCAAAGAAACAAAAGUUGGCAGCCAAUGAAACACCAACCUCACUUAUAAGUGCCCACAGCUCAAAGUUGAUUGAAGUUGCAAAGGAUGAACAUGCAAUUAGCUCAGCCAGUACAGGAGAAUCCCUGCCCAUCUCUGAGCAUACUUCUGGUCAUUGUGUACUAGGGCUUCCAUCUCAAAACUCUGAAGCGCCGGAGGGAAAGAGUUCAAGCCAAACGGUAAGAAAGAGUGAUCUUACUAACGGUGCACUAGCUACUGCAGUGGAUGUUCUUUCAAUUGAGCAGCCGUCAGAAAGUGGAGAGAUGAAGGACGUCAUUACAAAGGCAGGACUUGGAAAAUCCAAGAAGAAAAAGGAUCUUAGUCUGCCUCGGCGAGCUUCAAAGCGACUUGCUGGUCUUCCACUUGAUCCUACACCUGAACUAAAAACAAUAAAUCGAGUCCGUCGAGGUGCAGUUGGACAGUCCAAUGAUAUAGCUGCAAUUACAGAUGAAAGUUCUUCCCCUGCUGGGCGGGAAGCAAAACAUGCAUCUGACACUUCCAAAAACACGAAAAGGCUAGAGUCAAAUAAGGGCAAGCAUCCUAUCGGUCAUAUGCAUGCACCAAGUGAACUGAAAACAGAAAACAAGGGUAAUGAGAAGCAUGAACAUCCUACUGUCUCACCUUCAAGGAGUCUGACGUUUAAGGAAGAACAUGCUGGAAACAUGGAAACUGAUAAUAAUGCUGAUGAGAAGCUAGGAGUUCCACUUGACUUGCCACUUGGUGAGCUGUGGCAGGAUCCAUGCAUUGCUUUUGCAAUAAAGACUCUCACUGGAAUAUCCUUUGAAAAUUCUGAAGGCGUGCAAGUCUCAUCAGGUUCAAACAAUAGUGAAUGUGGGGGUUUGUCUGCUUUAGAGGAUAAUGCUAGAAAAGAAGAUUUACAGAAUAGGGAGCCGGAGAAGCAAGUGCAGCAUUUGAGUAACAUAAUUUCUCACGAUGUUGAAAUCAGUAAUAAGGAGAAGCCAGGGUCCCCCCUCAAUGUGGAUUUUGCAGAUCCAUGGGCAGACCCUUGCAUUCAGUUUGCAAUAAAAACUCUUACAGGAGCAAUUCCAUUAGCCUGUGAUAGGGUCAUUCAGGAUUGUCUUCAACAGAAAGCAAGCUCAUCACAAUCGCAAGAAAGUAGUGGCUUGAUCUUACAGAAUGUGGGUGAGCCUGAUCAAACUGAAGUUUUUUGUCAGCAAUUUAGCAUUUCACCGCAGCCUUCAUAUAACCAAGGGGCUCUGCCACCCAAAAAAAAAGUGAGUUUAGGAUACCCAAGUGGAACCAUUUACCAGCAGCAUAAUGAUGAAAGAAGUAAAGAAAUUCGAAGGUAGGCACAAUCCAUUCCGGUCAUAGUAGUGAUCGAGUGUACAGAUUAGGGAAUUUGAAACUGUAUGUGAUUUUUUCUUUUUAGGGGGGACGAGAUCAUCUGAUAGUGUUCUGUGGUUAGCAUGGAUGAACACCCACUGAUCUAUUUGUAGUCAGACACUAACUUUGAUUGUUGUUGUUCAGGUUAGGUAAAAACAUUGACGGACUGGUCUUUCUUGUUGCUUUUGAGCUAUUCUUCAUGGUUUAUUUUGUUAUCA